GCCGGCUGUGUGUUACAGAUAUUGAAAGGAAAUGUUUAUAUCAGCUACUACCUUGUGUUUACUCUAAGAAAAGCAGACUGUUGGAUGAAGAAACAGAAACAGUUAAGCGGACAAGAACAAGGAGAAAAGACAAAGGCAGAAGCAGUAAAUAAAAGAAAGGCUAUUCUUUAUGGCUUCGCUUAA